AUGUUGGCACAAAGCCUUCUUGUGCCCGCACUGCUGUUGUCAGUAGUGGGAGCUGUCCAAGACACUGUGGACGUUGGAUACUCCAUCUACAAGGGACAGGCACUCCCGAAUGGCGUGAGUCAAUGGCUGGGCAUUCGGUACGCUGCACCGCCGCUGGGUGAGCUGCGUUUUGCGCCUCCUCAAGAGCCUCUCCGUACGCCAGGCGUACAAGAUGCGACCAUUCAUGGGAAGUACUGCCUUGGGACGGGUCGUUCGCCUACCGACAAGUCGACGUCGGAAGACUGCCUGUUCUUAGAUGUGCAAGCCCCGACAAAGGCCACGGUGCACUCCAAGCUCCCCGUCUUCCUCUACAUCCAGGGCGGUGGUUUCAACCUCAACUCGAACCCCAACACCAAUGCCUCCGGCCUCAUCAUCAACAGUGGCUACGACAUUGUGGUUGUGAGCCUCAACUACCGCGUUGGCCCUUACGGCUUCAUGACGGACAGUGAUAAGAUUGUGCCCAACAAUGGCCUCCGCGACCAGCGCAAGGUGCUUGAAUGGGUGCAGAAGCACAUUUCCCAGUUUGGAGGCGACCCUAACCACAUUACUCUCGGAGGAAGCAGUGCUGGUGCAGCGAGUGUGACAUAUCACCUUACAGCCAAUAACGGCACCAAUCGAGGUCUGUUCCAUGCUGCAAUCGCCGAGUCUCCCUCAUUUGCAACGACUCUUUCGGUGGCUCAGUCGCAAUACAUGUACACCCAGUUUGCAACGCGUGUGGGCUGCGUUGGGAAAGACAGCCUCGCUUGCAUGCGCAAGAAAACGGCGGUAGAGCUUCAGACGAGCAACUUCAACAUCCCUCUCCCAGGGGCGUCGAAGCCGCCCAACUACAUGUGGCUGCCUACCCUCGACAACGAGUUCGUGCAGGACUACACGUACAGAGUCUUUCAGCAGGGCAAAUUCAUCAGGGUGCCCACCGUCUACGGCGACGACAGCAACGGAGGGACCAAGUUUGCUCCCAAGGACACCGCCACGCUUCAGGAGAGCAACGGCUACGUGCUGGACCAGUAUCCCGUGCUCACGCUGGAGAUGCUCGGCGAGAUCAACGAGCUGUAUCCCAACCCCAACACGAGCUGCCCUGCUGUUGGCUGCUACUGGCGACAUGCUAGCAAUGUAUACCAGGAGGCGCGCUACAUGUGUCCCGGCAUGUACAUCAGCUCUGUCGUGGCGAAGCACGGCAAGGACGCCUGGGUCUAUCGAUGGAACGUCGAGGACCCCGAGCAGAUGGCCUCUGGGCUGGGCGUUCCUCACACGGUCGAGCUCAACGCCCUCUGGGGCGCGGACUAUGUCGACGAUGCGCCGGCGAGUUACCAGGAUGGGCAGGUCAAUGCGGCUGCUUCGCCCACGAUGCAGCACUACUGGCUCAACUUUAUCAAGUACUACGAUCCUAAUGGGAGGAACGCCUAUGAUGGCAGCAGGUAUCCCCAGUGGAAGAAAUGGGGGGAGGGAGCGCAGAGUCGACUCACGUUUCAGACGGGAGGCAAGGCGGAGAUGAUUCCGGUUGACUCGGGCUUGAGGCAGCGGUGCGACUUUUGGACGAGGAACGGCGUUGCCUUGACGAUGUGA